GGAAACGCCGCCAAUUUUUUGCAUUCGUUUCGCCAUGUCGCUCGGAUUCCUCACAGAGAGCGCGCUUGUGCCGUCCAAGGCCAAGUCGAUCAAGGUGGAUUCGAACUCGUUGGUCGAUCUCCAAGCCGUAAUCUACAAGAAGGAGCAGGAACAGCGCCAAAAAGGUGCAGGCGAAACGUCCCAUGCGACGCUUCGAGCGAAGCGCGGAGCAAGGGCGACCAAAUCGUCCGAGUCGACCAAAUCGAACCGAGGCAUUAACAAGCGAAAGCAAAAGGACGAUGAAGAUGAGUUGCUGGGAGAAGAUGAACGUGCAAAGAAGAAACGGUCACGUCAAAUCCUUAUUGAGAAAGCGAAGUUGUACGACGACCUGGCCUCCGGUCGCAAAGCCAUCCACCCAUCGUCGACCAUGGACGACUCUGCUGCGCCCCUCGUGAACUUCGCAGAGAAGAAACUCGCUGCGUGUGGGGCGAUUCACAAAGACCACGAAUUUGUCGAUGGAACCCACCAUCCUCCUCCACCGUCUGCAAGUGCCCCAUUGACCAUUGAAACCAAGGAUGAAUUCGGGCGGACCAUCACCGUGCCGUUUGCAGCUGGGAAAGCCGAUCCCGUCGUUGAGGAGGCACAAGGCGGCAGCACCAGCAGCUUUGUCGUAUCGCAGUGGGAACGAACCCUCAAGCAGCAGGAGAAAGGAUUUCUCCAUCAAGUCCACGAAGAAGCAAAGCUUGCCAAGCUCACCAUGGCCGACAAGGCCCAGCGCAAGCAAGCGCGUUUGGCAAAGUUGCAACAGGCUCUUCGUACUCCACCCAACACGAGCGAUUCAUCCGCUGCACCACCUGUCGACGGCAUUGGAUCGCCCGAGAUCCGAUCGACACACGCUGCAAGUCGCGAAGCCGAGGCGUUCCUGUCUUCCCUCCUAUAACGCGUACAAUUCGUACAUGGGCGUGUAGGAGUUUACUUAGCCCACUCGUGCUGAGCUGCGGUGGGUUCCGUGGCGGCGUGCCGAACUGGUUCACGCGUGCCCCUUGGACGACCGCGUGCUCCAUGGCGAGAUAUUUUUCGCACGCACCAAAAUCAAACCAGUGUUGAACAUCUACUGGCACGACCUCAC